AGGGAUUGGGACCGCUCUCAGGCAUGAGCCGCAGCCAUGACGGAGAAUUUGAAGACUCGGUUUGAUUUCCCCUGCCCCGUCAUCCAAGCCCAGGCGGUGAGACAUCUUGUAGCUGCCGUGCUGAAGGAAAAGGGAUCAAAUGGGCAAAUCGCCCAAUCCCACAGCCAGGGCCCUGCGCUGGAGGCCCUGUGGCAGCAGUGCUGCGGGGACUGCGCCCUGCUGCGCUCGUCCUGCUGCGAUGCCGUGGUGCUGCUGGUGGAGCAGGGCCACGCCGACCUCCAGCACACCCUCAACAGCGUGCUCAACCUCCUGCCCUCCGCCAGAAAUGUCCAGGGGCUGAUAAAGGUCAUCGGGCGGCUGCUGCAGAUGCUGGCUGACCAGAGGGACGGGGACACACCCUUCACCUGUCCAUUUUCCAUCAGACUCCGGCCUCACCCGUACAUCACGGCUCUGGAGAACCGCGCCGACUGCUGGCCCGCCCUGCUGCUGGAGAUUGAUGACUUCAUUCGGCAGGCAGAUGACAGGAACAAAACGUCCUACAUCGCCAUGCUGGCGCCCUUCCUCCGGUACCUGUACUGUGAGCCCCAGAGGCAGCCCCAGCACGCUCUUCUGCGCCAGGGCCUGCUCAGAGUGCUGCUGACCAAGCAGCAGGGAACCGGACCGGACCCCCUAAACGACAAGUCCUCGGCCGUGUCCGAGUCCAUGCUGCUCUGCCUCUGCACGCUGGUUCCAUAUAUGCAGCUGGACAGUGUGGAGGCAGUGCUGGAGCUCUGCGGGUUCGUAGAGACCCUCGUCCAGCCCCUGACCGAGGCUCCGGGGGCCUGCCGGCUGACCGAGAGGGCGGGGCUGCUCGUGCAGCUGCUGUGUGCGUGCCGGCGAUGCCUCCAGCUCAACGGAGACUGCCGUCCACUCCUCAACCUGAUGCAGCGGCUGCUGCCCACCUGCCGGCAGGAGGCGCCCGUGGACGAGCUGCUGCUGGGCGUAGGCCUGCUCCUGCUGGACGCCCCGCCCGCUCAGCAGAGCAGCCUGCUCAGUCUGGCUUUGAGUUUAGUCCCUGAAAAAGAGGGGUGGUCCCCCUGGCUGAGUCCGGUCCUGGCCCUGCCUCUGCUGCAGCUGCUGUCCUGCUCCGGCUUCACCCAGCCGCUGUCUGACCACAGGACGCACAGCCUCAACCACAGGCUGGCCCACAGCCUGCUGGGCAGCAUCACCAAACCUGCAGAACAAGUCCCACAGCCUGGCCCAGCUCUGGCUCUAUCGGUCAGCGACUGGCACAGUGAGCUGACCGUGGCUCUGUCCGUCCUGCGUAAACUGGCCCAGGAUCCAGUGGCGGCGGCCGAUUGGCUGCUGGCGGUUCGUUCUGCCCUGUCCCCCGGCCAGCGCCCGCCCCCCUCCCUCUCUCUGGUCGUGACUCAUCUCAUCAUCACUGGCCAGGAGGACGUCUGCCAGCUGGCUCUGACCGCCGGCCAGGCCAUCGCUGCUGCUGACCCCUGCCAGGUUCCCUCCCUCCUCUCGGUGCUGCUGUUCAAACUGGCAAAGGAAAAGAACCCCAAACUGGCUCAUGCUGUGCUUAACUGCCUACCCAACCUUGGGACUCACAAGCUCUGUGUCCCCCUGGUGCUGCAGACCCUCCACAUGCUGGCCAGCUCUCCCAGGCUGAGGGCUGUCGCCGUGCGUCUCAUGACCACUCUCUGGAAAAAACAGGACCGAGUCUACCCGGAGCUGCAGCGUCUCCUGGGCCAGCAGGACUCCGGGGGGCCGGGGGGGCAGGAGGCCCAGUGGGAGCAGCUCUUGUGCCGGGCCGCCUGCCUCAGGGACAUCUGCAGAGAGAGGCCGUACCAGCAUGGAGGGGACAUGUUGGCUGCGAUUUCCCUCACCCUGAAGCAGUGCAGCAAACCAGACCUGGCAACCCCGGCUGCCUUAGCCCUACAGGGCUUACAGGAGCUGUGCCGAGCAGAGGUUGUGGACAUAAUCUCCACCUGGAAAAGUCUGGGUCCAGAGCUGAGCGGCGACUCUCGUCCACUGAUGGUUAAAGCCAUAGCGGAGCUCCUGGCCCUGGUCCCUCAGCUCACCGUCAAGUCAGAGGAGAUCCUGAUGUGUCCAGCUGUGGCUACAAGGCCUUGGCAGGCUUUCCUGAAACGGUUCACACUAUACCUCACCUUCCUGCUGCGACCAGCCACGGAGAUCCACGAAAAUGAGGAGAAGGAUGAAAAGAAGGAGGAGGAGGAGGAGGAGGAGAAGGAGAAGGAUCUCUCCAUUCCAGGCUCAUCUUACAUGAAACUGAUGGCACUCACCUCCGUUUCUGUUCUGCCAGCCUUUGAGCUCUUCCUGACAUCCUUGGUGAAACAGGAGAUGAGUCUGAUGCCACGGGGGGUGUACUUCUCGGCCCUGAGGGGGGGCGGUCUGCGGUCCGAUCAGGGUAAAACGGUGGCUGGAAUCCCGUCGUUCAUGCUCAAGACCUACGAGAAAAACAAGCAGCCUGGCCUGAAGCCUGGGCUAGCAGCUGGACUGCUGCUGUGUUAUGAGCUUCCUGUUCAGACGGACCGUGACGGCAGGCCGAUCGAUCGCUUUCUGGUCAGCAGAAGCCGCAGCUACCAGCAGACCCUGACCGCCCUCGUCCACGAAGUGAACAUCCAGCCCUCAGAGUGGCACCGGGCCCUCCUGCUGCCCCAGGCCUGGAGGGCUUACAUGAGCCGGGCUUUCCACGCCGUCCUGCAGGGUCGACGCGCCGACUUGGAAAUGCAGCAGAAACAAGGCAAAGAGAACCCUCAGGAGGUGCAGUACCAGCAGCACUGUGCCUGGCUGUGGGCCAGAGAUCAGCUGACAGAUGUUAUCAAAGCUGCUACAAAAGAAAGUCCUGUUGUCCAGGGGAACUCCAUCCUGGCUCUGAGUGGCCUGGCUGCUGUCCUGGCUAAGUACGAGAGCAACCUGCCGACCGAUAGCAGCGGGAGCCUCGGAGCUGGACCAGAGUUUGUGCCCACGGCCAGCUGGUUGGGCAUGGUGUUUGACACUUUGCUCAGCAUCAUCAGCAGCAGCUACAAGGCCAAAGGACAGGUGUUUCCCUGGUUCCCGCACCGCUCGUACUCAGGCGAGAACACGGCCAGCGCCAUCGCCCGCUCCUGCGCCGGCCUGGCCCUGGCCCUGCUGGUGCCCGUGCUGGUGGUGUGGCGGAGGGACGGUCUGGUCCAGGUGCUGACCGCGCUGCGGGCCGGCCUGCCCGGCUCGGCCACCGCCGACGACUCGCAGGCCGUCCAGUUCCACUCGGGCCUGGCGCUGGGCAUGGUGCUGUCCAGUCUGCACCAGCAACGCCUCAGCACUGGCUGCAUGUUGGGUCUGGGUCUGGUGCUCUCGUCACUUUGCACAAGUGGACAGAUGGACCAAAGCCGAGUGACCCAAACCCUCGACAAACUACUGGCCAGCCUGCAGGACAGCAGCGGGCAAGGACGCAUGCUGCAAGAGGUCUUGUCCUACUCCGUGGCAUGUGUGGGCGUCUCCGCCUUCAGUGGAGGUCUUAUUGACGCCGACAAGGCUGAAGAGCUCAUGAACAGUGUGCGCACGCUGACGGAGGAGAGCCAGCAGACCCCGGGCUUCUCUCUGGCCCUGGGCCUGGUCAUCCACGGCCUGUCGGUGAGUGGCCACGGUAAAGCCGAGGACAUCCACCCUCGCCUGCUGGCCGCUUGGAUCAAGAUCCUGCUGGCCGAGGGGUGUCCCACCAUGCAGCGGCUGGCUGCUGCCAAUGGGCUGGUGGCUCUGGUGGGAUCAGAGAGUUACCUCGUUCAGCUGAAGAGUGAGCUGGAGCUCUCCACCCAGCAGCAGAGCAGACUGAACGAGGUUAUUCGUGCCAUCACACAGAUAGUAACCUAUUCCGGGGCCAUUGGUUUGCAGUCCAACAGUGCCUGUUUGAUGGGCCAUUUGUAUUUGGCGCACAUGUCCACAAGUCACAGUCAUACAGCAGGUCCAGAGUUUUCCCAUCCAGCCGUGGUUAAGACAGCUCUGGCCUCCUUGGCAUCGGUUGGAGGCAGUUUCCAGUACCCCCCCCCUAAACUGGAGCGCUGUCUUAUCUCCUCUGAUGAGGCUGAGCUUCGCUAUGUUUCCACACGGCGCACCACAGCUGAACUCCUGCAGACUGAACGUAGAAAAAAUGAAUCCUCCCUUCCUACGCCACAGCCCCGGACCCGAGCCCACCUCUACGAGAGCCUGGGCUCAUGGAUGAGGCACGUGUCCGAGGACAAGCUGCAGGUGUGCGUGGAGAGCCUGGGCCUGCAGCACUUCCAGCAGGACCUGCGCCCCCAGCGCCCGGCUCUGUGCCGCUCACUGCUGCAGGGUCUGGCUCAGGCCAUGGCCCUGCCAAACCCCCCCAGCAGCUGCUGGACCAUCCUCUGCUCCACCACGGAGAAGAUCUACGCCCUGCUGCCCGACAGCCUCCAGGAUGCAGAGGUGGAUCUGUAUGUGGGCGUCGCCAAGUGUCUGUCUGAGAUGUCGGACACAGAAAUCGACAGGAUCGUUCAGGUUUCAGAGGCUCAGAUGGAAAAGACCUGCUUCCUCCUGUCCUACCUCACCUCUCAGGGCAGGCUCCCCCUUCUGAGUCUGAACGAUGUCAUCGCGGGGGUGCUGCGUGGCUGGCCCAGCCGCAGAGUAGGCUGGCUCCUCCUGCUGACCUUUUACCAGUCCGGUCUGGCUGCCGGCCCCAACACAGGUGUCUCCAAACAGAUGGAGUGGCUCCUGGAGCUGAUGGGACACAUCCGGAACGUUGCCUACGGAGCGACCCCCGUGGCCUGUGGAGACACCAGGCUGGCCACAGACUUCCUGUUCCAGCUCUUUGCCGCGGCUGUAGUUUCCUGGGGUGACCGCUCCAUGCCCCUCCUCUUUGGCCUCAGGGCCCAGUGGUUUCCAUGGAAGCCCGACUCCAAGCCCGCGUCAUUAACACACAGUUUGUACUUUGAGGAGUCGCUCCCGGACGGGGCCCUGCCCCAGUGCAUGCUGGCCGUGUCCCACAGCCUACCCCUGCUGCUGGGUAAAGAGCCCUGGAGCGCCCAGACUCACAAGUUUAUUGACUGGCUCCUCAGCGUGACAGAAGGUCCUGAGCAGAAUCUGUCCCCCUCCACCAUCAACACAGCCAAAGCUGCUCUCCUGGCCCUAAAGUCCUCCGCUGAGUUCAGGAAGAAAGCCGUGUGGACCAGGGCUUAUGGCUGGUAG